AUGAACCCCACACAAAGCUUCGUGCUGGCGUCCGUCGUCGCACUCGUUCCGACCUCCGUUGCGAUCAGUGGCGAGCCCGUGACGAGCCUGGUCGGCAUCGGCUCCAUGCCCGGCGGGGGCCCGGGACAGAUCACUGCCACGAACGCGACGGGCUCCGUCGUGGUGGGAUCGGCGGCUUCCAUCAGCGGCAUCCAGGGAUUCGUGUGGACCGAAGAGACCGGGGUGAUCGGCGUCGGCGAUCUCCCGGGGGGCGAUUUCUACAGCGUCGUGACCGAUGUCAGCGAUACGGGGUUCGUUUUUUGCGGCGAGAGCAACGACGAGACCGGACGCAGGGCCUUCAGGCUGACGCUCGAAGACGGCAUGACAGCGCUCGGCGAGGGCCACGGGACUGGCGGGAUCGACGUUUUGAAUGUCGUGGCGAUCAGCGACGACGGAUCGAUCAUCUGGGGGAACGGGGACUCGCCCUCUCAAUUGUUGACACCGUUCCGAUGGACGGAGAGCACCGGCACGCUCGAAUUUCCGUUCCCCUUGCUCGAGGGCUAUGUCAAGGAUGCAGACGGCGACGGAACGCGUGCUGUUGGGUUUGAUUACUUCUACAACACGGCGUGGGGCUCGUCGGGCGUCGGCACGUUUUUCCACGACCACGGCGAGCCGAACGAGAGUUCCGCCGAGGGCGUGAGCGCUGAUGGUGAAUUCAUCGUCGGGUCCUGGGAGCCGCAACGGAACAGCAACGAUGCGAACGCGUUCUCCUGGCAGGAGGGCGUGGGCAACGUCGAUCUCGGUCGGCUGCCCGGCCACCGUUUCGCGGUCGCUCGCGCGGUCAGCGCUGACGGGGGCGUGAUCGUGGGCAUGUCCCGCGGGAAUAGCGUCACGACAGAAAAGGCGAUGAUCUGGACGCCGGAAGACGGCAUGCAUUCGCUCGCGUACGUCCUGAUCAACAACUACGGCCUCGACCUCGGCGGCUGGCAGCUGAAAGACGCGGUUGAUGUGUCCCACGACGGACGCGUCAUCGUCGGCAACGGCAUCAACCCGGACGGGGAAAACGAGGGGUUCAUCGUGACGCUCGGCAGUCAGGUCGCCCGGUGCCCGGGUGACUGCGACGAAUCAGGAACGAUCGACUUCGGCGAUCUGAUCGCGAUGCUCUUCGAAUUCGGCGAGAGCGACGCGCUCGCGUGCGACACGGACGCGUCUGGCGUCGUGGAUUUCCACGACCUCGUCGCGGCGCUGUUCCUGUUCGGGCCGUGCGAUUCCUGA